GAGAGAGAGAGAGAGGGGGGAAUCGGGGGUAUCCAAUACAGGAUAAAAUUAGUCCAGCCAGGCCUUAUACUGCUGACGGGGCAGUGGCGGCCAAAAAAAGCCUGCAGUGUGAGCCAACGGUGGAAGCACAAGGAAGCUAGGAAAGCAACCGAGAUCAGCGCUGCAAUGGCCACCAAACGUAAGAAAACAAAAAAGAGCCACCAGGGAGCAGGUGCACGGAGUCCAGCUGUCAGAUGGUCGAGGGAAAGAGUAUUUAUUCUUUCCUCUCUUCUGGGCAGUUGUGGACCUGGUGUACUGGCGUAAGAUGAGAAAGACCGGUGUGGUGUUCACGGGUUUGGUGAUCAGUCUGGCCAGUAUGUUCCAGCUCAGCGCCAUCACCGUGCUCUCCCACAUCUGUCUGGGUGUCAUGUCUGUCACCUUCAUCCUCCGUCUUUAUUACAAACUGCUGGAGCUGCUGCGCUGGAACUCCGGAGUCCAUCCCUUCCAGUCAUAUCUGGAUCAUGACAGCUCUCUGACGGAUAAGGAGACGGUGAUGGUGGUGGAGGAGGUGGUGCUGCUGAUCGCAUUUGCCUGGACAGAGAUCAAACGGCUGAUUUUCAUCGAAAGCAUGAUUGACUCAAUUAAGUUUGUUGUGCUCCUGUAUCUGCUGUCCUAUGUUGGAGUCCAGACGAGUGGACUCACUCUGGUGAUAACCGCUGUGAUCGUUAUUUUCUCCCUUCCUCUGUUGUACAAAAAGCAGCAGAUGCGGAUAAGGAGGAUGGUUAGAGCCAUCAAAGCUUUCGUAAAGAGAAUCAAAAACAUGUGCUUCAGUCUGUGUGAGGCAGUGAGACCUUCUCCUGCUGCGCCACCCGCAGGGGCACCUACACCUACAUCUACACCUACACCAACACCUGCAGCCAAGCAGAAAGCCAAGUCAAAGUAACUUGUUGGUUGCAUGUCGAAAGGACCCCGGAUUAGGAAUUUGAAACGCGUUGGAUGGAUACAUGCUCUGCUGGGCCGCUUUGAGGGGACCCUCAUUUCCAUUUCUUCGCCGUGGUGUUUGUUUAUGGGAGCAAGUUCUAAUUGAUCCCGGCAUCUGAAACAAAGUGGCCAUCCACUCACGGAGAAGGAGUUGAAAUGUACAAGGAGAGAUUUUUGUAUUUACUGAGAUGCUUUCUGUGGGAUGUGUUUAAUAUAACCAGUUCACAGAGCACUGUUUUUUUCCCUUUGAUAACAGGUCUAUUUUUACAUAACAGUGAGCACCGUGUUCCUGUUAAGCUACAGAUUUAUUCAUAACAAAGAAGUAGUAUUGCUGCUCUCACCAGGGAGCAGCAUAAAUUGUUAGCUGGCCAGAAUAUAUCGGACAUGAACUACACCUGCCAUUAAUUUACAUGAACGGUUUUGCGCUUGCUACAUUUAAGUAUUAGCAAAAGCUUUUCAAGAAGCAACAUUUAGCAACUUUUAUGAGAAAUAAUGAGUACAUUGCUCUUCAUGCUCAUUGUAGUUUAUCAGGUUCAACACAGACUUUCUGCUGCUCGUGGUUAAUGAUUAAAGUAACAAGAAAACGUUUACCGUCCUGCAAUAACAUAAAUAGCAGAGAUUUUUUGCUCUUGAUUUUAACUGCUGGUUAUCAUGGAAACAAGAUGUGAACACACAACAGCUUCAGAUGCUGAAUGCCAUGAUCCACCAUGUACACCAGCAACUCUUACUUUGUGCCGAGUGUGCAGACAGCUGCAUUUAGCGGUGGAAAAUGUUCAAAUAGAACAGUCAAAAUGCAGCAGAGGGAAAAAAAUGCUCUGUAGAGUUGAUCUGAACUACUGAGUUGGGUCAUGGAAUCGAUUGCUAAUGUAAAACAUAUCACUAAAAGCUGUGUGGAGCUUGCCAGAAGCCUUUUGUCCACAAAGUAAGUCUUACAAACACCUGUUUAGCAAAGGAGCAAAUGCAAACCCUUUUCUGACAACUGUACUUAUUUAUCUGCCAAACUUGAGCUGGUUUACAUUCAGCAGUUAUUUUAAUUCAGAUGUUUAGAUGGCCAGCUGCUGAUGGCAUGUCAGGUUAAUGUUAUUGACCGCGUAGUGCUCUCUAGUGGUCGGCGUUUCCGGCCUUGAGACGCAACUGCACUCAUACCAAUGUCUUCAUGAACUGACUUCAUUUCACACUGCAUCCUUUAAAGAGAGCUCUGGUCAUUUUGAGUGAGGAAUGAAAAUAAUGGGUCAAUACAACUUGGUUAUUAAAAGAAAAAGUACAUGAUAUGAUUUGGGUUUAAUUUGACAUGUAUUUUUGUAAUUUGGGGGAACCAGCCCUCUUAAAGACGCAUCCAUGCUACGGCUUACCUGGGUAAAAUCUAAAAGGCCUUUAAUCAAUUUGACUCCCUAUUUUUUCCUGUUUAUGUAAAAUUGGCAUCUUUAUACGUGAUGUUAUAUUCUUUUUUGAUGUAUGUUGCUUAACGUAACAAUAAAUUGUGCAAAAAACAAUGUAAUCAUUAGAAAGAUGUUUAAAGUAAGGCACAAUAUUGCGCUUUUUUUUCCUCAUUGUUGUCACUUUCCUCUUAUUUUAGAUUAACCUUCUUUCUACAUUGUUGUUUCCUAUUAUAUUGCUCCAAAAUAAAAGCUUAUUU